GAAAAGAAGUUCACGACCCGUAGGCCUUCUAUCUUCACGCGGCCUUGCUCCGUCAGGCUUUCACCCAUUGCGGGAAAUUCCCCACUGCUGCCUCCCAUAGGAUUUUGGGUCGUGGCUCAGCCCCAUUGUGGCUGA